AUGGUCUGCUCCAAGUGCCUCAAGUUGUCGAAAGGGACAACCCUUGCCACUCCAAGUGUGAAGAAGAAGAGUGAGAUGUAUCACGGAUCGCCAGCCUCUUCAUCGUCCAAGUCGGCCACGCUGGGGCAAACAGGUAUCGGAAAGAGCAAGCUGCUUUCCAAGAAUGCAAAGAACCCCUAUGCUCAGUACGCUAGCUCCUGCACAAAAUGCAAGACCAAGAUCUCACAGGGUCAUUCGUACUGCAAUAAGUGUGCAUACAAGGAUGAUCUCUGCCACAUGUGUGGUAAACCGAACAAGAAGACAUCUUCCAAGGCACCACAGAUCUCCGGCCAGAAGUUCUCGAUGAAAUGA